AUGGCCUCAUUAGAAAAGCACCUUUGUACAAUUUGCUAUGAUAAUGAAAUCGCUAGCAGAGCAGUCACGUGGUGUACGGAAUGUGAGGUUUGGUUUUGUGAAGACUGCGACAAACCUCACAGUAAGUCAAGACUGUCUAAGAACCAUAAAACUAUGUCAUCUGAAAAUUACCAAAAAUUACCUGCGUUCAUCAAAGAAAUAAGCAGUCAGUGCAAAGACCACAAGAACAAAUUUGACUUGUAUUGUUCUUUCCAUGCCUGUCCUUGCUGUGUCCAAUGUGUCAGUGAUAAACAUCAGAAAUGUCAAGAUCUGAAAGCCUUGUCUGACGUCCUGAAGCAAGUAAAAUCAUCUGCCUCAGUUCAACUUUUUAAAAGAGAUUUGGAGGAUAUGAAGGAAAACUUAGAUACAGCCAUAAAAUUCCUGAAAACCAGGAUCAGUUCGAUAAAUGCUCAGAAAACGAAAGCCGUUGAGGAAAUCCGGUAUACGAGGCAGUCGAUCAAUGAUUACUUAAAUAAUUUAGAGCAAGACAUACUUAAUGAGUUAGAGUCGAAACAUUCAAUGCUGUUAUCAAACAUGGUAACUGUUGUGCAGCAAAUGGAACACCAAUCAAGUCAAAUAGACCUAAUGCAGAGCCAGUUCACUAUAAUGACGCAAUAUGCAACAAAGCUACAGAUGUAUAUUGGUCUCAGAGAAAUUGAGCAAACUACAUCUCAAACGGCAAAAUAUAUAGAAGAUUUAGAAAGUGAAGACCAUUUCAUUGAUAAGAGUUUAGAGGUUAACAUUUCGUCUGCUCUUCAAUCAAUUUCACACGAUGUCAAAUCAUUUGGAGAUAUCGCUAUCAAUACCACCUCUUCCAUUCUCCGAAUGAAAUCAGGAAGAAAAGAACAAGCCCAACAUUUCAUUGCAAACGUUCCCGGAGUUGAGCAAAUAAAGCCAUCCUUGUUGACAAGAUUGACAGUUCCAAAAGAUAUGAAGACUUUAAUUAUAGUUGCCUGUUGUAUAUUACCUAAUGGCAAGUUCAUAAUACUUGAUCAACACAACAAACGACUAUUGUUGUUCAGUAAUGAUGGCAUAUUCAUCAGAAUAGUAGUUACAUUCAAAUCAGAUCCAUUUGAUGCCUGCUUUGUCAGAAAUAAUACAGUAGCUGUUACAUUAGGAUCAGACCAGCCGACAACACUGGUUGAUAUAGAAAAGAAUAAAAAUAUUCAAGCAAUCAAACUUUCUCAUUUUUGUAAUGGAGUAGCAAGUGAUGGUGAAACUUUGGUCGUCAGUAGUAAUGACAGACAGAGCACUAUAGUGAAUCUGAAUAAUAUGUCUCAAACAACCAUAAAAGGAAUGGACGGUGUGUUUCGUAUUUCAUUAUUCCAUGGUAAUAUAUAUGGUACCAACGUUCUUGAAAACAAAGUUUGCUGCUUUAAAAGUACAGGUGAACCUCUGUGGACAUUAGAGCACCAGGAUAUUAAACAUCCAGUAGGAAUAACAUUAGACAACAAUGGCUAUAUUUACAUAGUUUCUAGAGCAAAGAAAAGUGUUGUGGUAAUAUCUCCAGAUGGUAAAGGCUGUAAGACCAUACUAUCGGCGACUAACGGAAUCAGACGUCCUUAUGGAAUAGAAAUAAACAAAGAAAUAGGAAUGAUGAUUGUUUCUAGUGAAAUAAGUGAAGACAGAGGAAACUAUAAGACAGCAUUUGUAUAUAAAAUUUAA